AUAACAACGUAGUUCAGCUUUGCACUUCAUGCAGAACAGUUCAAAAUAAUGGAGGAACCCCCGAAAAGUCCAUUUUCACUAGUUGUAAUACCUGAAACGAAAGAUGAGCCACUCAAAAGCCCAUCUCUCUCUGUGCCUUCCGAGACAAUGUCCAAAUGGCCAUCCCUCCGUGGUCUCGUGAACGACUGGCAGGAUCUUCUUGGACCGACCAAUGAGAACUCGGAAGAUCCAGAAGAUUUCGAUUGGUCUGUCAGUUAUUUCAAAUCGACAAACAGCAAAUGUUUCAGUCGGUUCCUCUACAGUGACACAAAUAAGUUCCGCAAUAUUAAACUUAUCUUGAUCUUAAUAGUCGGAAUCCUGUACGGUUUACUUGCCAUGGCCAUUUUACAUUUCUCUUUCUCUUUCCAUUUAUGGAUUGCAAGCGCGAUGGCCUUAACUGUGGCUGUAGCCGUUACCUUACUGCUGAUAUUCUCUUACGACAGUCGUUGCAUUUUCUCACUGGUGGUGCCUUCGCUCGGCACUAGGCAGGGAAAAACCAUUUUAAUCGCUCUAUUGGUUACCCAAUUAAUUGCUGGUCCACUCGGCAAUUUGACGUACAAUAUGAAACAAAGUUCACAGUCAUUGUCCUGUUACAGCAACAUGACUGUCAAUCAGACGCAAGCCAUCAAGGAAGGCAUUAAAAUGUCGAUACAUAAUUUCAAACAGAAUUUCAGUGUGCAUCACUUGAAUCAAGUGAAAGAAGGCACUGAAGCUGUCACAAGUAUCGGCGAAGAAAUAUCAUCGAUUUGGUGCCAAAUUUUCCGUUGUGCCGUUGCCGCUAAAAUAAAACAAAAGGCGAAACAAACAGUUAAAGACGCUGUGAGUUUCGAUCAAGUCAAGAACCAUAUCAAUAACGUCAAUCAAACGAUUAAUCAAGCCAAACUCCAACUGCAUACUACACACAACAACGUCAAAAAUGAAGUUAGAACCCAAAUCGGAAAAUUUUUUAAUGUUGUCAGCUUUCUCAAGUUGGCAACCAUUUUCAGCCUGCUCUACUUGCUUUUCUCGUGCUGGCUUUAUUAUCAUCGAUUCUUGAAUAUUCUUUCCUACGACAACGUCUACGCAACAGAGUUACUAAAGCGAUACGAUCGCCAUCGUUGUGAACGUGGUAGCCCUCCGCUUUUCCCGCUACAUCUCCGUGAAAAAGCGAAAAUUAUUGAUUCCGUUUCCCUCUCCAUGUCACCUAUUGAACGAAAAGCUUUUUUCAUUUCUCUGAUCCUUUACUUGGUCCAUUGUGUCUUCACAGUCAUCUUGUACGUGGCCGAUUGGACCCUAUAUACUUUUAUGGACAUUGUCGUCAGAAAUGUCAACCAAAGUAGCGGCUGGAACGAAACUGCCACUUUUCGGGUGGAUUCAGUUAACUUCGAAUUAGCUAUACCGUUUUUUUUCGACGCUAAACAAUGCUUGGCCAUUCCUCGCAAGAUAUCUAAUGAUAGUAUAAUUGUGCUUGUCGUUGUUUACAUUAUUUUAGCAUUAGCCGUUCUAUCGCAAGCGUAUUGUCUCCGAUUCCGCCAUUCCAUUGUGGCUUAUUUCUAUCCGGAGAGGAACAGCGAGCGUAUCCAGUACUUGUACAACAAACUAUUGAAGAAAAGGAAAAGACCAAAGAUCACUUUAACCUUUCGAGCACCUUCGCGUGGCCAAAGUAUCGCUAACAUGGGAAAAAUUCUUGCAGAAAAGGAAGCAUCAGUUAAAAAGCGAACGUUUCUAGGUCUAGCAAAAACCCUGCAUUUGUUUCGACGCUAUUGUGCCGUUUGUGGCUUUCCUGAAACUGCUGAAUUCAAAAAAUGUGCGAAUCAUAAUUGCUGUAGUGUCUAUUGUUCUUCGUGUUUUGAUGAUAUGAAUAGUGUCUGUUUUAUUUGUCAAAAUUAAUUAUCGACAAAUAUUUCUUUUGUUACUCCGUUAAAUAUUUGCUUAUUGGGAUUUAAUAAUUUGGAAUAACAGAUGAGUUCCAUGUAAAAUGUAUCGUGCUGCACAGUCUCAAUCGUCAAUAAAUACUAAACAUUCCGGAAA